UAUGUGUGUGUGUGCACGCCGAAUUGAAUUAGGUUCUCGAAGAAACAGAAACCAUAUGUCCAAUAUUGAGAAUGGAAAAACAGAAAUCCUAAUUGUUCAAUGAUGAGAGUGAAACGCUAUGAAUACAAGGAUGAUCUUCCAGAAGAGCUGAUCAGGGAAAUCUUGCUGAGGCUUCCGGCAAGGACGCUUGCUUCCUUAAGGAGCGUGUGCACUUCAUGGAGAAACCUAAUCUCCGCCCCCGACUUCACCUUCAACCACCUUCGCCGUUCAUACUUCCGCGAUCCAAGUUUGACUCCGCCACAAAUUGCUUAUCACCGUAUAAUAUUACCAUCCGUCACUAUCAGAGUUCUCUCCGUACAGUCAAUGAUGGAGAAUCCUUCUAAACCUACCAGACUCGAUUGCUUCAGGGGACCAUGCGACUACACAAUUGUUGGUUCUUUCCAUGGAUUGUUAUGCAUGUUUAAUUACGACCGCAGUCAGAAGAGUCAUGCCAUGUUGUGGAACCCCUGUACCGGAUUCACAUUCAAAUCGCCGGAAAUCAGCGGUAUAGCCCGCAUUUCUGGCUUUGGUUACGAUCAUCUCAGUGACACCUACAAGCUUUAUGGAAUUUUUAAGAAGAACGGGCCAUCUGGUAUGGAGAAGAAUUGAUGAUAUCCCAUUGGCCCUACUUGGUGUUGGUGUCCCAACUGACGACCAUUGUACUUUUCAUAAUACUACCGGGGUUUUUUUUUGUAGUAAGAAAGCAUGCACUAUUAAUUGGA